UGCCCGAGAUUCGACGAGCGAGGACGGAUACGGAGGAGGGCUUGGCAUCCGCUUUAUCUUCAAUGAUUUAAUCAUGUAAAGUAACGGAUUAAGGAAGCCUUUUUAUCAUGAUGAAGUCAGAUUUUCGAAAGAGGUAGUAGAUACCAAGGAGCCUGAAAGUCUGCAAACAGGAGAAUGCGCAGAGGAGGUCUGCCUGCAUGUCGUCAACAUGGACCAUCAAAAACUAAAUUAUAACAGGAAACACUUGUAGCUGGAGGAGGCUUGCCCAUCCUAAACUUCUCCUCCUCCUCCUCUUCCUCCUGGCUCUCUUGGGAUCAAUGACCGGACCCAACUCCCCGAGCCGGACCAGCACCUCCCCGGCCAAGCUGAGCAGGUAUGCCCGUUCCAAGAGCAGCAGCUCGCACUGCCUCCUGCGCUGCAGCACUCGGGAGGAGUCCUCCGCGUCUCCUCCUAACCAUUCCCCCGAGGAGGAGGAGAAGGAUGGCGGGAUUCUUUUCUACGUUAAUCGGAAUGGUUUCCCCAUUGAGAGCGUCACCUGGGAGAGGAUGUGGUCCCACGUGGCUGCUGUGCAUCCCGAAGGCCAGGAGAUGGUUAACAGGAUAAGAAACGCUACAUACCUUCCAAAGCAUCCCGUUCCCUCGAUUCCAACCUUCAAAGCGUCCAUGUCGGUCCCAGACUGGCUGGUGGCCGUCCAGAACUACAUGAAGGCGCUGCAGUACAACCACACUGGAACCCAGUUCUUUGAAAUCAAGAAGAGCCGUCCUCUGUGUGGGCUCAUGGAAACAGCCAGAGAGAUGAUCAGGGAGUCUUUGCCCAUCAAAUGCCUGGAAGCCGUCAUCUUGGGAAUCUACCUGACUAACGGGCUCACGUCUCUCGAGCGAUUCCCCAUCAGCUUUAAGACUCAGUUUUCAGGCCACUGCUUUCACCACGUGGUUCUGGGCGUCUACUGCAACGGUCGCUAUGGGUCGCUGGGCAUGAGCCGGCGCCAGGACCUGAUGGACAAACCGCUGAUGUACCGAACGUUGGGCGAGCUGGUGGCAGAGUUCGAGAGUUCCUACAAGAGAUACCAGCACACUUUAAAGAAGGUGAAGAUCGGCUUGUACGUGCCUCAUGACCCGCAUGUCUUCCAGCCAAUCGAGUGGAAGCAUUUGGUUCUGAACGCAGCCAAACUGGGAGCUCAGGAGAUGAGGAAGGAACUGGAGAAACAUGGCCGGGACAUGAGGAUGAAGAUCCUGAAAUCAUCCAGUGCUCAGUCACCAAUCAAGGAGCGCAGCAGAGGAAAGUCCUUAUCACCACGGCGACGGCGGAUUAGUCCACAGCGACGGGUCACAAACCGCCGAGACAAAUCGCCCGCCUCAGUGGAGAGGAAACCUCCAGAGCUCAGCACUCUCAGUGACGGUUACCAGAUCCGCAUCUGAUGUCCUGUUCCUCCACCCCCACACCCAGAAGAGUCUUUGGUCUCCCAGAGCUCUACCU